AAUAGAGAAAGUAUGCAAUGCAUACUGCUCAGCUACAACCCCCAAUUAUACUGCAACUGGGGUAUUCGUGACUGGACGUCUGGGGGGAUCACACAGAUUUCCGAUUAGAGGAGGAGGAGAGAGAGAGGGGGAAGAGAGAGAAAGAAAGAGAGAGAGUUUACCCUUUCAUUCCAACCAAUGAGACGGUCGAUACACUAAGAUUUUCAUAGUUGUGCAGGGGCACAAAGUGAGCUGACUGUGUGAACUUCCAGGUAAAACGGCAAAACCGACCCAAGCUCCUGAUACUCAGGUCUUCUCCUCUUUAAGCCCUUGAGGCCACUCCUCCAAGCGUUGAUGCCCACACUCUUUGAAGCAGGUGGACAGACGCAGGCAUGAGUAACAGUGGGACCAAAGAGCCGUCUCCCCAGCCGAGCACCGCCCAGUCACCUCCUGAGCCCCAGCGCAGGGGUAGGGGUCGGCCACGGAAACAGCAGCAGGAGCCUGUAGGACCACCGACUCCAAAGCGACCGAGAGGACGACCGAAAGGCAGCAAGAACAAGGGCCCCAGAACUGCACUGAAGAAAGUAGAGCCCGUUGGGGAGAGACGACCACGUGGGCGACCGAGGAAAUGGCCCCAGAAAGUAGUUCAAGAAGUAACUGAAGAGCAGCAGGGCCCUUCACAAGAGGCUGAGGAGGGUCCCUCGCAGCUCCAGCCCUCAUCAGCUCAGGCUCCAGCGCAGGAGGAAGGGGAGUAGAUAGGAUGCCUCUCUACCUACCUCAAGGUUUGGCCUCAAACAAACAGGGGUACAGUCUGACUCCUAUCUGUGAUGAGGAUUCAGGAAUGAACACACACGAACACACACGAACACACACGAACACACACGAACACACACACACACACACACACAAACACAAACAAAAAAUCAUUGAAGACGGCGGUUUCUUCUCCUGAUCCGAUACUGUACCCUGGUUUUUUUGGUUCACUAUAAGAGUUUGGUGAACAAGCUCUAUUUUAACGUUGAAUAAUUUGGAUAUGUUUUUUUUUUUUUUUAAAGGGAAUAGUUUGACAUUUUGGAUAAAUACUUUACUGCUGAGAGUUAGAUGAGAAUAAUGAUGCCGCUCUCAUGUCUGUUGUUAUCCUACUGCCUGCAGCAACUGAUUCGCUUAGCUUAGCACAUAGACUGGAAACGGAGGGAAACGGCUAGCCUGGCUCUAUGCAAAGGUAUCAAAAUCUACCUAUCAGCACCUCUAAUGCUCACCAAUUAACAUGUCAUAUAUCUAAAUAUCUUUAAUUUGUACACAAACCAAAGUGUAAAAAAUAACAGUUUUAGUUUUUACAGGAGUUAUGUGCCUUUAAGUUUUAGUGGUGUUCGGCAGUUUUCUUACCUUCUGAGCUGAGCUAACUGUCUUUAUGCUAAGCUAAACUAAGUGUUUUUCAUAUCAAUUUUCUCAUCUAACUCAAGGUAAGAAAGCCAAGAAGUGUAUUUCACAAAAUGUCAAUUCAUAUAAGGUGUGUGUGUGUGUGUGUGUGUGUGUGUGUGUGUGUGUGGAGGGGAAGGGGUUGUGGGCGCAAAUGAGAGAGGGGGAUUUUAAGAAAAAAGGAACCAAACUAAACCGUUUUAUUGAAACAUGUUUCUAAAUCAAGCGUCAUGAAUCCUCAAAUGAAAUGGGAGCAAGACGGUGACAUUUUUAUCAAUGUUAACAAUGUAAACAUGGUGUGCUGAAGUCAUUAUUAUGAAAGUAGAGGUGAAAGGUUUUUAUUCCAAAAUGAAAUAUCCAAUGUGGGAGGAGAGAAAUGUGUUAUGUUCUUUGCUCAAAAUAAAACAUUCAUAGGAUUACAUAGCUCAAAUGCCAACGUAAGCAAGUGUACAGAUUAAUAACCUCAGUGAAAUCCUUUUAUUUUCCUUCCACCCAGCAGGAAAAAAAAGCACCCAAAGGUUUAAAUGGACAGCUCAUUUUGGAAAGAAAGCCUUCAUAUAUACUUUCAGUCAACAACAGUGUUGACGUGUCAUUUUACCACACUCAGGAUUUUACUAUUACAGUGCUUUUACACCAUAUUGAAACCUCAGGUACAAAACUAUUCAGGAACAUGUUGUCAAUCUACUCAGUGAUAAUUAUUGUGCUGUGUUUGUUGUGCACUUCUGACCUGUAUUUGACAUUACCAGUAUGCCUUGACACAAAGACCUCAUUUAAGCCUCAGUUGUCCUCAGUUUCUUAAUCUCUCAUUCUACCUCAGUAACACAAAAGACAGAUGUUCUCCAACAAAGUUAUUCUCGCACACCCAUAGCAGCAAUGACAGACACAUUUACUGUGUGUGUGUGUGUGUGCGCGCGCACACACACACACACACACACACACACACACACACACACACACACACACACACACACACACACACACACACACAGAGAGAGACAGGUUCAUGUGCAGAUAUACAACUCAGACAGGCAAAGGGUUUACAUACCAACACACAGAAACAGACGGUACAGUCCAGCAGAGGAUUUUACUAUCGGUGUAAAAAUAAAAGCAUCAGUGUCAUUUCUUUUUUUUAAAAACUGUAUUUGUUAAAAGCUGAAGUGAGACUUUGUUUGUUCUCCUGGGAAAUAAAAUGCAGCCAAUAGUUUACAACAACUUGAUUAAAUACUUGCUUUUUAGGGUGUAGUUCCUUAUGAAAUACUUGUUUUUUUGGGUCGCUUACUUCUUUCUCAUUUUUACUACAUCAUGUAUUUUCUGAUUCUUACACUGUAAAUUGUAUAUGUGACACUUUUAAUUCAUGUGAUUUGAAAGGAAAGGCAGCAAACAACCAUACAGUGCUGAAACACAUGACAGUUAUGGAAAACAACAAAACAAGCAUCCCCUUUUCCUAUUUGGCUAUUAAAAGUGAAGCUAUAACUUUUGGUGAAACAGAAGCACAAGUACAAAGGAGUUAUAAAGCAGCAAACAAACUGACUUAACAUUUUUUAUUAAGUGACUUCUAUCUGAAGUUUGCUAACAUUAGCUACCGUAUGUUACUGCUCAUACAGAACCAGACCAAGUGAGGCUGCAGCAGGAAACCCCCCAAUUGUAUUGAAUUGAGGGUGUGUUAUACUGUUCAUUAAUUAUACUUUUUAAUUUGGGUUCUUUGCUCAAAAGUCAUAGUCUUGCUUUAAAGGGUCCGUUCACCCAAAUAACAAAAAGAGUCAGACUCUCAGUUACCUCUAGUGCUAUUCAGCCAUGCAGAUCGUUUUGGUUUUAUUCUGCCUGGUUUUAAGAUAUCUGCUUCUGAUACGUCUGUGGCGCCUCAAUACAAUGAAUGGAAUUUUGUUUGUGGUCUCACUAUUGUGUUCAUGGUGUUGAAAAGAGAAACAAAAAUAUCUACAUGAUUAGAUACCACUGGAGGUCAAGUGUAAAAAUGUGUGUGUAAUUUGGUAGAACUGAUGCUUUAUGGUAAACUCAUUAUUUUUAAAAAGUAGUACAUUGAAUCAGUAAUAACUUACCAUAACAACUAGUCAUAUAAAUGUAGAAUAAUAUUAGUAUUUUGGAGGACCGGGGAUGUCUUUAUCCUCAUGGAGAUAAUCUUAUACCAAAUUCUUUAUUUUUAAAAAUCAAAAUCAGAGGUAAAGAGAUUUCCAGCCUCCAAUAUGUUUUUGAGACCUUGUUGGUCAGGAUUUCUGCACUUAAACUGACUAACUGUUGCAAAUACUUAAAUUUCCUAAGAUUCUGACCCUGUGUCAUCAUGCAUGGCUGACAUUUCCAACAUGAACUACGUAUCACUUAACAGUUGUUGUGGUGACUUGAAUAUCACCCACCAUUUACUGUAUAUCAACUUGUUUCUCCCACUUAAAUUGUGCUUAUUUUUUGUUGUAUCCCAAUAGUUUGAUGUAUUUCAGCAUUGUUGAAUAAAUUGCUGCCAGAGGAGCUUAAUUCAUUUAUA